AUGAUCUUCGCCAAGGUCUCGAUCGGCUUCUUUCUACUACGAGUGACGGUUGCAAGAAUACAGAGACAGAUCAUCUACAGUGUCAUUUGCACGACCGUCGUUGUCGGGAUCGUCUUCCUAUUCGUCACCGUUUUCGAGUGUUCUCCUGUUUCAUACUUCUGGAAUCGGGAUCAAAACGGCCAAUGCCUCGACAUGGACGUCAUUAUCGGCCUGACAUAUUUCUACAGCGUUGUCAACGCGAUUUGCGACUUCACUUUUGGAAUUCUCCCGAUUUUCCUGGUGUGGAACCUGCAAAUGGAUAGACGAGUCAAAAUCGUCUUGAUCCCGAUUCUGGGAAUGGGCUGCGUUGCUGCUAUCGCUGUUCUGGUGCGCAUGGCAUAUGUUCGGGACUUUGCAAACCCGGACUUCCUUUGGGCCACCGUCAAUAUUGCACUGUGGUCCGACAUCGAACUCGGGCUCGCCAUCACAGCUGGCAGUCUGGCCUGCCUUCGUCCACUGUACCACGUGGUAGCCGUAAAGCUCGGAUUGACGACAUCCAAAACCUCCCGCGAUGCCAAUCAAGACUAUCAGAAGAGCGGGGGCCGAAAGACACCGAAUAUCAGUGGGCCGUUCAAUCUCGUCAGCUUCAACAAGGCUGACACGUGGAGGCUAAGCGGCCACGACAACAGCGAUACUUUUCGCCCCAUUGGUCUUGACGACAAUGGAAAUAAAGACAUGUGGGUGACUGGUGAGGGCCAGAGCGAGAGUGGCAGCGAGGAGCAAUUGAGGUCCAACACCCCGCAGGCAGAAAUGCGAAGUCCACCAAGAGCUUUUGCGAAAAGCGAAGCCAUGGGCGGAGGUGGUCGAUAUAUUCACAAGUGA